AUGGUCAAUAUUUGUGUUAUAGCUUUGAUCGGGCUUCCAGGUGCUGGUAAAACAACAUUUUGCAAAAAUAUGGUUAAACUUUGUGAUAGAAAAUAUAACAUCAUACACAUUUGCUAUGAUGAAAUCUUCCAUUUCCAUCCGGAGACAGAGAAAAAUGAACAUACCUUUAAAAACGAAAGGAAAAAAGUUGCUCAAAAAAUCGAGCAAAUAGUAAUAGACGAGAUAAAAUCGUCCAAUACUUGUCAAGAUAACCAAGAAUCUUGCUUGAAUUCCUCAAACAAGUGUGUUCUAUUAGUUGAUGACAAUAACUACUAUGCUGGAAUGCGAUACGAAAUAUAUAAAAUUUGUAGAAGACACCAAGUGUCGUUUGGCCAAAUUUACUUCCCAAUUGGUAUAGACAUUGCCCUAGCUCGAAAUUCUAUGCGGGAACAAGAUGCCAUACACUCUGAUGUAUUAAUCAAAAUGAAUAAACGUUUAGAAGGGCCCUCAGGAAAAAAUCAUUGGGAGAAGAAUACACUAGUCAUUAACAAUUCUGUAGAUGUCGAAGAGUUUUGGGAGUUUUUAAAAGCUUGCUUUCUCAACCCAGUAAGGAACAAACAAGAAAAUAAAGAUGAUACAACAACAGAAGUAAGUUUUAUUCAUGAAGUAGAUAUUUGCUUGCGAAGACGCAUAAAGGAAUUAUUACAAAACACCGAUGAAAACCCAAAUGAAAAAGCGAUAACAUUGAAUAAAAGAAGAAAAUGCAUUUUAUUGGAGUUAAAAAAUAACAAUGACUUUGAUGACAUUUCAAGUGUUAAAAGCAUUUACGACCGCUUGACUUUGUAACAUUUAAUAAACCAAAUAAAGAACCAUGCCUAAUAUAA